AUGGAGAUGCGCGGUCAGCGGAGAGCGAGUGACGGCCUUGUCAUGUUGCCGAUUGAAGACUGUCAGAUCAAUACCUGGCCCAAGUCUACAGGCGUGGCAUGCAAUGGUGGCGUGACCUUUGUGACAGCGCUUUACGACAUUGGGCGCGGAAACUGGACGGGUUGGGCCCGAGGUUUCGAUACAUACUUACACCAUUUUUCCGUUCUUUUAAAAGCUAACAUAACCCUGUACAUUUUCUGUGAUGACAAGGUAGCCCAUUUUGUCAGACGUGUUCGGACUCCAGCACAAGAAACGUUCGUCCACACUCUACCUUUUGAGGACCUUGAGUUCCAGGGUUACAAACAACAUAUCAAUCAGGUAUUAAGGUCAGAGGAGUUCCGGAAGGACAACGACAUGUUACACCAUCCGGAAUGUUUCUCUUCUGACUAUAUAAUAUUAAUGAACAAUAAAAUAUCUUUCUUGAACAUAGCGAGGGCGUGGAAUCCUUUCAAGACUUCUCAUUUUUAUUGGAUAGACGCCGGAUAUGGACAUGGAUCGGUAGAAUUUCCAAAAAACUGUGCAUCUCCAUGGAAACCCGAAAAACUACUUUUAAUAGUUAGAAAAAUUACUUAUAUACAACUCGCUAAUCUGACUUUGUAUCAAAACAAGACGGACCUACAUAAGGUGAGACGGGGUCCUGCGCUAAGUGGCGGCUUCUUCGGUGGAGACCUGUCAGCUAUUGCUGAAUACUACCACCUGUACCGGAAAGUGUUUCGCGCAUGCCUGGUUGAGAACAUAGUUGAUGAUGACCAAAGUAUGGCGUUGUACGCCUAUUUUGAAUAUCCUAUAUUGUUUAAAUUUGAACAUGGACGUUGGUUUGAUGCUGUCGAACUGUUUUCCUGA